AUGGACACGGCUGCGCUCUUGGGACUGCCCCGCCUGUGCGCGCUGUGGGCAGCCCUGCUCCUGCUGUUCCCCUGCGGAGCCCAAGGAAACUGGAUGUGGUUGGGCAUCGCCUCCUUCGGGGUUCCGGAGAAGCUGGGCUGCGCCAACUUGCCGCUGAACAGCCGCCAGAAGGAGCUGUGCAAGAGGAAACCGUACCUGCUGCCGAGCAUCCGAGAGGGCGCCCGGCUGGGCAUUCAGGAGUGCAGGAGCCAGUUCCGACACGAGCGAUGGAACUGCAAAGUCGCCACCGCCACCGCGGCGACGCCGUUCGGCACCGGCCCCCUCUUCGGCUACGAGUUGAGCAGCGGCACCAAGGAGACAGCAUUUAUUUAUGCUGUGAUGGCUGCAGGCCUGGUGCAUUCUGUGACCAGGUCAUGCAGUGCAGGCAACAUGACAGAGUGUUCCUGUGACACCACCCUGCAGAAUGGCGGCUCAGCGAGUGAAGGCUGGCACUGGGGGGGCUGCUCUGAUGAUGUCCAGUAUGGCAUGUGGUUCAGCAGAAAGUUCCUAGAUUUCCCCACCAGAAACACCACAGGAAAAGACAGCCAAGUACUGUUAGCAAUGAACCUACAUAACAAUGAGGCUGGAAGGCAGGCUGUCGCCAAGCUGAUGUCAGUGGACUGCCGCUGCCAUGGAGUUUCCGGCUCCUGUGCUGUGAAAACAUGCUGGAAAACCAUGUCUUCUUUUGAAAAGAUUGGCCACUUGUUGAAGGAUAAAUAUGAAAACAGUAUCCAGAUAUCAGACAAAAUAAAGAGAAAAAUGCGCAGAAGAGAAAAAGAUCAGAGGAAAAUACCAAUCCACAAGGAAGAUCUGCUCUACAUGAAUAAGUCUCCCAACUAUUGUGUGGAGGAUAAGAAACUGGGGAUCCCAGGGACACAAGGCAGAGAAUGCAACCGUACGUCAGAGGGUGCAGAUGGCUGCAACCUCCUCUGCUGCGGCAGGGGCUACAACACCCAUGUGGUCAGGCACGUGGAGAGGUGUGAGUGUAAGUUUAUCUGGUGCUGCUAUGUCCGCUGCAGGAGGUGUGAAAGCAUGACUGAUGUCCACACUUGUAAGUAA